CGCGCAUUUUUCACGACAUUUCUGAAUACGAGUCCAUCAGACGCCAAUCAAUUUCUGAACAGCUUGGCCAUCGCUCGAGCGUCCGACACGUCCUAUUUAAACAACCGUCUGUCUCACGUCUGAAGAGACUAUGACUGGUUCGCAUGGUGCUUCCUCGAACUCAGGGACCAGUGCCAAGCUUCUCAAUGAUUUUCAAUUGGGUGACUCCUUAGGAAAGGGCGCGUUCGGUCAGGUCUACCGCGCUUUGAAUUGGGCUACUGGGGAGACCGUUGCUGUGAAAGAAAUCCAACUCAGUAAUAUUCCAAAGGGAGAGUUGGGACAGAUCAUGUCCGAGAUUGACCUGCUCAAGAAUCUUAAUCAUCCGAACAUCGUCAAAUAUAAGGGCUUUGUGAAGACCCGCGAAUAUCUGUACAUUAUCUUAGAAUUCUGCGAGAACGGCUCUCUGGUCAGCAUCUCCAAGCGUUUCGGCAAGUUCCCAGAGAAUCUCGUCGCCGUGUACAUUUCGCAGGUCCUCGAUGGCCUGGUGUACCUGCACGACCAGGGUGUGAUCCAUCGAGAUAUCAAGGGUGCGAAUAUCUUGACGACGAAGGAUGGUGCCGUAAAGCUUGCGGAUUUCGGUGUGGCGAGUAGUACGACUACGGGUGGGGCAAGUGAUGACGCAGUUGUCGGAAGUCCAUAUUGGAUGGCACCUGAGGUAAUCGAACAAUUUGGCGCCACAACCGCAUCUGAUAUCUGGAGCGUCGGAUGUACUGUCAUUGAACUUCUUGAAGGCCGUCCGCCAUAUCACUUCCUCAAACCCAUGCCAGCCCUCUAUCGCAUCGUUCAAGACGAUUGUCCGCCCAUUCCCGAAGGCGCCUCCCCAAUCGUCAAAGACUUCCUUUGCCACUGCUUCCAGAAAGACUACAACCUCCGCAUCUCGGCCAAAAAACUUCUGCGGCAUCCGUGGAUGGUAGCGGCGAAGAAGUCGAUGGAGGACAAUAGCGGGAGGAGGUCAAGCGAGCAGAAUAGGUCAGGUUCGGGCGCGAAUGGGAGAGGAACGUCCGAAAGGCCGCAGAGCAAGUACAACUUUGACGAGGCAGUGCUGAAGGUACAGGAAUGGAACGAGGCAUUGAAAUCACCGUCCAAACCAUCAAAGAAUCCCGGCCGACAACGAACCACUUCUCUAGCAACAGGCUCCCCGAUCGCUGUUGGCUCUCCUAUCCUUAUGAGCGAGUCUCUCAAUGCCUCGUCCUCUCACCCCCACCUCACCCCCACCAUUCCUCUCUCUUCCUCCAUCGGCUCUCUGCCCUCGUCGAAUAAUCUCAUACGGAGCAGAAAGAUUUCGGCUGUUGCGAGUGGGAACUCAAAGGGUUCAAAUGCACCGUUGGCGAUGUCUGGGCCGUUGGUUCUGCAGCAGCCGGAGGAGCAGACAGACAAUUGGGAUGACGAUUUCGAGGAAGGAAUCUCGUUAUCGAAGCUGCAAGCACUGGAGAAGGCCUCCGCCGAGGAUCUGACCCAGAACUCCUCCGGAUCAUCAGAACGGAACGAGAACGACAGCGAGACAAUUCGUCCUCUUGCUACUCGGUCCCCUGGUGGCUCCCUCCGUGACCCUCACCAAGCGCCCGUUCCCGUCGCCAAACCACCACCAGGAGCGAUCGCGCCCAUAGUCGAGGAUUAUUCGGACUUGGCGGUAGACGAGGACGAUGAAUGGCAGGAGAAGUUCUCGGACUUCAAGAUGAAGAAUUCGGUGAGAAAGGGAUUGUUCCAUCCAGAUGAUCUGAAGACUCUUGGGUUGGGUGGAUUGACGACAAGUCCUGGACCAAAGACGGCACCCUUGCCGGAUAUGAGUGGAGUUGGUGAUGGGGUGAAGAGGAGCUUUAGUUCUGGUUCAGGUAGUGCGUCAGGCUCCGGGUCGAGGGGUAAAGCUAGCAGACCAUCGCUCAGCCCCCUCGCACCGACAUCAUCAGCUUUAUACUCCGGCAGCCAACCACUAUCCGCUUCCUCUGUCGUCAGAUCACACUCACACUCACACUCGAGAUCGUCCUCGCUCGUAGGGUCUGCGAAUGGGUCGUUUGGAAAGGAGGGAGCAGGAAAGUUGAAGGGUCAUAGCGAUUUGAUGCAGGACGAGUUCGGGAAGUAUGCGGAGGAUGAUGAUGAGGAUUACGACGAUGUAUUUGGGAAGCCGAAUGGCGGUUCGACGGAGCAGCCUAUGCAGACAUUACAGCUCAAUACGCGAUUGUCGAGCAAAUCAUGGUUAGGCGAUGACACAGAUGAGGAAGACCCAUUUGCGGAGAUUGAUGAAGGUUAUGAGGAAGACGAUCUCGAGGCGAACCUUCAACGAGAUAAAUACGCUCGUUUGACCAGUGCCAUAAACCAGCUUGUCGACGAACUCAAUCCUGAUGCGCCGGAUUUCCAAAUACGAGAUGCUUGUGAUGAACUGCUCAAUAUCCUGUCAGAUACGCCGGAGAUGCAAGGACAUUUGGUGUCAUCGCAUGGGAUGCUUGCACUCCUGGAAGUUUUGGAGAGGAAGAACUUAUCACGAGAGGUCAUCAUGAAGCUCUUGCAGAUAGUUAAUUUGCUCGUCACUUCGGAUGCUGCUUUCUUGGAAAGUUUCUGUCUCAUUGGUGGUAUCCCAGUGAUGAUGGGUUUCACGUCCAAGAGGUACCCAUCAGAGUGCCGACUCGAAGCUUCCAACUUUAUUCAGCUCCUCUGUCACGUCUCCGUCCUCACCUUGCAGAUGUUUAUCUCCUGCCGAGGCCUCAAAGUCCUAGUCGACCUUCUCGACGAAGACUUCGCCGAGCAAUCAGAUCUCAUCGUGCACGCUCUAGUGGGCAUCGGCAGCGUUUUCGAGCUCCAGAGUCCCACCACUAAGAACGACUUCUGUCGGAUGUUUAUACGCGAGGGACUCCUCGAUCCUCUAUCUUCCGCCUUAUUGAACGUGAUGGCGAAUGACGGAGAUAAGGCGGCGACGAUGAAGAGCAAGAUCUUGCAAAUUUUGCUGGUGUUCUGUCAGGUGUCGCAGUCGGACAUCCAUGUGAGGAACGCGUUGGGGGUAAGAAAGAUCGUCAGACGGUUGUUGAGGGCGUGCGAGCUGCUGGAGCCGGAUUGCUUGGUGCACAUGCUGAAAGCUAUCAAGCACUUAUCAAUGAACUCGAACCUCUUGGAUGUUCUUCAGAAUGCUAACGCCAUAGAGAUCCUCACCAGGAUUCUCGAAGAACAUAAAUCCGGUCCUUACAGCACAGAAAUGGCGAACCACAUAUUCCAAACCUGUUACAACCUCUGUCGGCUCAACAAACUCCGACAAGAAGAGGCCGCCCAGGCCGGCAUCAUUCCCAGUCUCAUGCGUGUCAUCGAGUCCCAGUCACCGCUCAAGCAGUUUGCGUUGCCUAUACUUUGUGAUCUCGCGAGCGCAGGCAAGAGCUGUAGGAUGCUUUUGUGGCAACAUGAUGGGCUGGCGAUGUAUAUCCGCUUGCUGGCGGAUCCGUACUUCCAAGUCAGUGCUUUGGAGUCGAUAUUAUCAUGGCUUCAAGAGGAGACAGCCCGCGUCGAGGACGAACUCCUCAAACCGCACUCCCUCGAAUCUCUGCUGAAAUGCUUCGUCUCCGCCAAAGCCAACUCUUUCGAAAACCUACUCGACCCCUUCCUCAAGAUCUGCCGCCUCUCCACCCCAAUCACAAUCGGCAUCGCCAAAUCCUCCUUCUUCCGACGCAUCAUCGAGAAGCUGGACAACUCCAAAGCCGUGGUCAAGCUCAACCUGCUGAGGAUACUCAGGACGGUGUGCGACGUGCACCCGAAUAGGGGAAUACUAGUGGAGAGGUAUAAGAUACACGAUUUGGUGGGAAGGUUGAAGAAGAACGAUAGUGCGGUGUUGGUCAGGGAGCUGGCGAGGGAGAUCGAACCGACUUUGGCACCGGUGUUGAAGCCUGCGUCGACUGGGAGAGCGGCGCUCGGACACGCACAUGGGUUGGGCGCGAGCGUGAGUAGCGCUGGGAGUAGUGGUAGCUCGGGAGGUUUAGCGAUGAAGUCGGGAUUGAAGGGGUUGGAGGGAUCUGCGAAUCGGAGUACGAUCGCGCCGAAGAAGAGGGUGAGGAGGACGGCGAGUGAGGCGUCGGCGAUGUUGACCCCUCCUUCGAGUGCCUAUGCGACGGCGAGCAGGAACGGUGCGGGUUUGUAUAAGGCGCCCGGGCAUGGGAAUGGGGAUGCGGCGGCGAGAGGGGGAGGGAGGACGAGGUUGGGGGAUAUUCCAUGGGAUUCGUCGGAGCGGCGGUGAUGCGGGUGAAGGAAGACGGUUGGUGGUCACCUUUGCAUAGGGUUCGUGGUGACUUUGCACGUUUUCUUAGGUACUUCGGUUUUGGGAUUUCCUUUCCACCUUCGGCUCGGUCGAACAUUGGUUCUCGUUGUGGCGCACACUUUCCCUUGUUCUAGGCUGGAUUCGGAUUACAUACCGCACUUUCAUUCACGCUGUAGCAUAUAUCUUUCGCAGACUAGUCACUCAUUGCACAUUUCUCUCUCGUUUAAGACUGUCGAUUUCUUGGGUAGUAUUGAUUCGGUUUCUCAUAUCGCAUAUGCACGCACUUUUGUGGAACUUUACUGUAUUAGGGCCGAUACCUGUCUAAUCUAACCCACCAUUCACGGAUGUACAUAAAGCACCAGAAGAGCUGCGGAGAGAAGUGCAGAACGCCCCUCAACAUUUACCUCCUCACGAAGGGUAUCCCAAAACCAGAAACCAGCUGCUGAGCCCUGGUCUGCGCAUUCUGGCCAACUGCGUUCGUGAUAAAGUGGAUAUUGAAACCGUAUGUUUUUGGGUAUGAAUCCAAAUUAACCUCGAUCUGGGGGAACAGACCCAUUGCCUCCGGUGGAAGUCCAAACUCGACUACGCCCGUCGUCCCCGAGGGCGUGUUCAUCCUCUGUGACUGUGGUGGAAGGUGUAUGCCCUGGAAGUCGCGCAGACGGGGAAGGACGAACUCGGUGAGCGUUCCGAUGAAUUCGUACAUCUUCGGGCCUUUGAGCGUGACCUUCGCGCCAGCGGGCAUUCCAGGUCGCACCCAUCCCGAAACCGACUGUUUCCCCCUGACGACCUCAACACCGUUCGCCAAGUACCGUCCACCACCGUUCUCUGUCUCUCCGGAAAGGGCACGCAUCAUCAUGAUGGGCCCUAAGAGGUUCUGUCGAGUCUGGAUGGCGGUCUUCUGGAAUGUGUGUAGCACUAUUCUUUCGAGCUCGACGACGUUCUCCGGCGUCGUAGGUGGCGCCUCUCUCCUUCCGAGCAUCGAUCCACCGGCCAGUGGGUUCUUGCGGUGCUUGACGUAGGGGUCUUCUUCGUCGUAUAAAGUACGAAUUUGACGAGGUGGAGGACGGGGAAGGUGUUCAUGUUUGUAGGUCAUGUAGAGGAGGUCGUCGGCAAGGGUGUGGUGGUAAUGGUCGCCGAUUCGAGACGGGUGGGUGUCGCG